AUGGCGUUCUUCCAGCUUGGGAUACGCAGGACGGCGCUGCAGUUGUCCCGACCAUCAUUCGUUUGUCGCCAAUGCCUCCGACAACAGAAGUUCAUCGGUCCCUCCUCGUCACAGUCCAGCAUCGUGAAGCUCCUCCGGCCAGCACCACGGCGAUAUGCGACCACCGAGUCUCGGGCAUCGCCCACCGCCUCGUUGAAGGCGGCAUCCCCUGCUUCAUUCCCUAACAGCGGGAGUAGUGCCUCGUCAAAGUCGGCAUCAUCGUCGUUUCCCGAAGUCAGCUCCAAGACAGUCGGUUACUUCCUGGUGGGCAGCGCGAUCAGUGUCUUGGGUAUAAUCGUGUUUGGCGGCCUGACGCGACUGACGGAGUCUGGCCUGAGUAUCACCGAAUGGAAGCCAGUUACGGGCUCCCUCCCACCCAUGUCCGCCGCCGACUGGCAGGCCGAGUUCGACAAGUACAGGGCCUCCCCCGAGUUCAAGCUCCUCAACCCACACAUGACACUUGGCGAGUUCAAGAACAUCUACUACAUGGAAUGGACGCACCGGCUUUGGGGCCGCGUCAUCGGGCUCUCCUUCGUGUUGCCGACCCUCUACUUCGUCGCGCGCCGCCGCGUGACGCCGCGCAUGGCGGCAAGUCUCCUCGGCAUCUCCGGUCUGAUCGGCUUCCAGGGCUUCAUAGGGUGGUGGAUGGUCAAGUCCGGGCUGAAGGACGACCUGUUCGCGCCCGGCUCGCACCCGCGCGUGAGCCAGUACCGCCUGGCGGCGCACCUCGGCACCGCCAUCGCCUGCUACGCCUGGAUGCUCCUGGCCGGGCUGAGCGUGCUGCGGACGCACCGCCUCCUCGCCAACCCGGCCGCCGCGUCGCAGACCCUCAAGGCGCUGCAGUCGCCCGCGCUGGCGCCGCUGAGGCGGUACGCGGCCGCGCUGACGGCGCUCAUCUUUGUCACGGCCAUGUCGGGCGCGCUGGUGGCAGGCCUCGACGCCGGCAUGAUCUACAACGAGUUCCCGAAGAUGGGCGUGGGCCUCACGCCGCCGGCGUCGGAGCUCUGGGACGGCUUCUACUCGCGGCGCGAGGACCGCUCGGACCUGUGGUGGCGCAACAUGCUGGAGAACCCGUCGACGGUGCAGCUGGACCACCGCAUCCUCGCGACGACGACCUUCUUCUCCGUCGUGGCCCUGUUCGCCUACAGCCGCCGCGGCCGCGUCUCCGCCGCCAUGGCCGCAGACGUCCGCAAGGGCGUCACGGGCCUGCUGCACAUGGUCUCGGCGCAGGUCGCCCUCGGCAUCGGCACCCUGCUCUACAUGGUCCCCACGUCGCUCGCCGCAGCCCACCAGGCCGGCGCCCUGGGCCUGCUCACCGUCGCCCUCGUGCUGGGCACGCGGCUGCGCGUGUCGCCGAGGACCAUGGCGCUGGUCCAGAAGAGGCUGGUGAAGAGCCGGUAG